AUGAUGGGCUGCUUGAUCGUAGCCACUGCUCAUCACUUCCGCGAAGGUAUCGUGGGCAUGGGCUUUGCUGGAGCGGGAGCGGCAAUAGGAGAGCCCAGUGCUCUUGCCGGGACAUCCGAGCUAGUGCCUGUCAACAAGCGUGGCACGUAUCUGACGCUAGUCACUGGCUUCGUCCUUCCUUUUACUCCAUAUGUGGUUUAUGCUCAACUUCUAUCUGCAUAUCAUACGUGGCGCUGGGGCUUGUGGAUCUGUUUAAUAUGGAACGGAUUCUGGUGGUUGGUGCUGUUGGUCGUCUACUUCCCCGAAUCGCAAACAAGGGCACAUGGAAUGAUGUCAAAAGAGGCCUUGAAGAAGAUUGACUACAUUGGCGGAAUCACCUCGACCACAGGCCUGACCCUUAUCCUGGUUGCACUCGAAGCUGGAGGCUACUCCCAUUCGUGGAACAGCGCAUAUACCCUUGCUCAGCUUCUGCUCGGGAUUGCCUUACUUGUUGCAUUCGUGGUUUGGGAGUGGAAAUACUGCAAAGAUCCUAUGGUCCCCCACGAGCUAUUCACCGGACAGCGCAUCGUGGCCAUCGCAUAUGGGAUUGCAUUUGUUGCAGGCAAGCCUUCCCAGAGAUUCAAAGACCUAAAAAACUAA